AAUACAGAUUUAUGAGAACAAUACAUGCAGGUUAUGGCUGAGUACCAGGAAAAAGCCUACGUAAGGCGUUUGAGUGAGGCGGAAGCACAGCAGCGGGCCCGAAGAACCUGGUACUUACCACAUUUUGGAGUGCGCAGCUUAAACAAACCAGAAAAGCUGCGAUUAGUAUUUGACGCUGCAGCUGAAACAGAUGGCGUUUCUCUAAAUUCAGCCCUGCUAAGCGGACCUGACUUGGGUCAACCGCUAACGAUGGUUUUAAUGAAAUUCAGGCAGAAACCAAUUGGAGUUUGUGCAGAUGUGGUAGAGAUGUUCCAUCAGGUGCGGAUACAACGCCAGGAUCAAGAUGAACAACGGUUCCUGUGGAGAAGGAAACCAGCGGCACCCGUUGUGGACUACGUGAUGACGGUGAUGACAUUUG